GACCAUUCGGGCAGAAAGUCCCCACUGUCUGUGUCAAAACCAACUCCCGCUCAAGCGUCCGCCUGCGCCGUUCCUGCUUGUUGCUUGUAAGAGAGAGCCAACAAAACAACCUACCUCCGACACGCCGACCCUGACGCAAUUCCCUUGAUCCAGUACAUACACUGCGCUGCGCAAUCCAUCGUGGCCUUGUUUGUAUUGCGCUUUUGUUUGGAGCAGCAGCACACCUUCAUCACAGACAUACUACAUACCAACCUCUCUCUUUUUACGAUACCUACCCUGCUCUCCUCCCACAGAACCAAAGCCGGCAGCGCAUACAUUCAAACCAACACCAUCAUGUCAAAGAGAACAAGCGUCGCGGCCUCCGGCUCUGCCGCCUCCUCCAGCAACGAUGCCACCGUCUCCAAGUCGCCAGCGCUAAAAGACAACAAGCAAGACCUCCUCCUCUCGUCCGAUGUAGGCCACUUCUCCCUCGUUCGCGCCCUCCACCUGGCCGACCUCAUCACCGAGCUCAACGGCCUCUGCGGCAUCCUCUCCGUCUUUUCCUCUCUGCGGUACUGCAUCGCCACGGGCCACCUCGCCUCGGCGCUGAACACGGAAGCCCACUCGACGCUCUACUGGGCGCUGGGGUUCCUGCCUCUGGGGUUGUUCUUUGACUUUUUCGACGGUAAAGUUGCGCGGUGGAGGAAAAAGAGCAGCAUGAUGGGGCAGGAGCUGGAUUCGCUUGCCGAUCUUAUCUCGUUCGGCGUAGCCCCAGCCUCAGCCGCCUUCGCCAUGGGCCUCCGCACACCAGUCGACCACCUCCUCCUCGGCUUCUUUGUCUUGUGCGGCCUGACGAGACUGGCCCGGUUCAACGUCACUGCCGCCGCCAUCCCCAAGGAUGCCACAGGAAAGGCAAAAUACUUUGAGGGAACCCCCAUCCCUACAACGUUGGCUACCGACGCGGUGAUGGCGUAUUGGAUCUCCAAGGGCUGGAUUCACGAGGCGUUGCCUCUGGGCACUUUGUUCACGGGCACCCUCCUAGAGUUUCACCCGGUGGCGCUCAUGUUUGCUAUUCAUGGGUGUUUGAUGUGCAGCAAGACGAUUCAUAUCCCUAAGCCUUAGGUUUUGUAUGGAAAAGGGUUUUUUUGGGGGACAAAAUAGGAACUGGGAUUAUUAGUUGGGGAAAGAAAAAUGAUAAAAAAGGGGGUGGUUUUUGUUAAAAGAUACCUGACGACACACGCAA